AGCACCGUCACCCCGCAACUCAUGCUCCCCCUAGUCGGCGAUCUUGCGCCCCCCGCCCGCCGCGCCUCUUCGCUAGCCGUCAUCGUCUCCGGCCUCUCGCUCGGCGUCCUUCUCGCCCGCACCUUGGCCGGCGUGCUAGCCAGCUUUACCUCCUGGCGCAACAUCUACUGGUUCGGCUUAGGCGUGCAAUGGCUCGUCUUUGCACUGCUCUACAUCUGGAUGCCUGAUUACCCCUCCAAAAACCCUGACACAAAGUUCAACUAUUUCAUACUGCCGUGGCAGAUUGCGCAACUGCUGGCCACCGAACCGUUGCUCUUACAGGCGGCGCUGGUGGCCUUCCUGCACAGCGGUAUUUUCACGAGUUACUGGACGACGCUGAGUUUCCUGCUGGGCAGUCCGCCGUACGAGUACUCGUCAAUGGUGAUUGGGUUGUUCGGGUUGAUUGGCGUGGUGGUGAUUGUGUGCGCGCCGAUUUACUCGCGGCUCAUAAUCGAUCGGUUGGUGCCGCUGGUGUCUGCGAUCAUGGGCCUGGUGGUCGAGACGGUGGGUGUGGUGGUGGGCACGUCGGUCGGCAGCUUUAACGUCGCGGGCCCCGUGGUGCAGGCUAUUCUGAUUGAUUUGGGCGGACAGUUUACGCAGAUCGCGAUGAGAAGUUCGAUUUAUGGCAUUCAGCCGUUGGCGAGAAACCGGGUCAAUACGGCGUACAUGGUGGUCAGCUUCGCUGGGCAGUUGACGGGGACGGCGGUGGGGAAUAGGCUUUAUGCUCAGGGUGGGUGGGUGUACAGUGGUGAGGAAAUAGUUGCCUUUGGCGGGUUUGCGUUGAUUAUCUGCCUUGUCAGAGGACCAAGAGAAAAAGGGUGGGUUGGCUGGUCAGGGGGUUGGACUUGCCGAAGAGAGGACUUAGCGCCGAAGAAGAGUGAGAUGAUAACGGAACAGGCACUCGAGGAAGCCGGUGCAGUUGGUGAAGGCGGCGAAGCCGUUCGACGUGACGUUGAAUGCGUCAGUGCAUCCAAUGGUGGGAACGUCACAAGUGAUGGCAAGACGCAACAAUGAGCGUUCGGUUUCAUCUGGGCUGUUGGCCGAGUUGGCCAUAUAGGGCAAAUACCCGAAGCACAAAUACCAUUUAUCACUACAAAUAACGAUAUCACAGACACUUAGCGGUGGCUUGUCUAUGCAUAGGAGGAGGUGUUGACAGGGGUUUGGAUGACUCGGCUACACCUCGGCCGGGAUACGAAUGUUAGUUAGGGUGAGUACGUCGAUCAUACAGAAAGUCGGCAAACAGAGGUUAGCGGCCGGGCACAAACGAUUGGCUGGGUUCCAUUGUUUGGCCCACCUGGCCCACAUUGCGUUGUCCAUCUUCUCUCUGUUGCUCCACCAUCGCCUCGCAUGGGUUUUUCAUCGCAC